AAUUUGAAAUUCACCGCGAGUUUCGGUUAUAAAAUCCCAACACUCAGCAAACGCGGUAUCCAUAUAGAUCUCCACCUACGUGCAUCACAACGAUAUCGACCCAUCAGUUCUUUCUCCAUUGUGUACGAAUUCUGGAUCGUAUACAUUUUUUUUUUUCUUUUCUUUUUCAUAAUUCGAAGUUUCUCAGUCCAAUUUCAUUGAAAAAAACAUCGGAUCCAGAAUCUUGACUUCGUGUUUCCGAUCCGCAGAGAAGGAUCGAUCAAAAAAAUUGUCUGUGUUUUGCAAUUUCAAGAUUUGGCGUAUGGUUUAUGAGCCAAGAGAGGGUCGGGUACGAGUUGAAGAUCAUUUAGAAGAUCUGGGUAUUUCUAGGGAUUUUAAGCGAUUGGAUCUGAUUUUUGUUGGAAUCGAUCGAGAAUGGGAGUAGAUUAUUACAACAUAUUGAAGGUGAACAGGAACGCCAAUGACGACGAUCUCAAGAAGGCGUAUAGAAGGCUGGCCAUGAAAUGGCACCCUGAUAAAAACCCAAACAGCAAGAAAGAAGCCGAAACCAAGUUCAAGCAGAUCUCCGAGGCCUAUGAGGUGUUGAGUGACCCCCAGAAGAAGGCUAUUUAUGAUCAAUAUGGUGAAGAAGGGUUGAAAGAUAUACCACCACCAAGCAGUGGAAGCUUCCCAUUUGGAAAUGGUAGCGGUGGCGGGUCGAGUGGGUUUAAUCCGAGGAAUGCAGAGGACAUUUUUGCAGAAUUUUUUGGGAGCAGCCCUUUUGGGUUUGGUUCAUCAGGACCAGGGAAGUCCAUGAGGUACCAAUCAGAGGGAGGAGUUUUUGGGGGAUUUGGUGGAAGUGAAAACCUCUUCGGAACAUUUAGUGAAAAUGUUACACCAAAGAAACCUCCACCGGUUGAGAGCAAAUUGCCCUGCACUCUUGAGGAGCUGUACUCUGGAUCAACAAGGAAAAUGAAGAUUUCAAGAACCGUAGUUGAUGCAAACGGACGACGGGUCCCCGAGACGGAGAUAUUGACCAUCGACGUGAAGCCUGGCUGGAAGAAGGGAACCAAAAUCACCUUCCCAGACAAAGGCAAUGAACAACCAAACCAGCUGCCUGCAGAUCUAGUGUUUGUUAUUGAUGAGAAGCCCCAUGAUGUUUUCAAACGAGAUGGUAAUGAUAUCAUUAUGAACCAUAAGGUGACACUCGCAGAGGCAUUGGGUGGAACCACUGUAAAUCUUACCACACUCGAUGGUCGUAACCUGUCAAUACCCGUAAUAGACAUCGUUAGCCCGGGCUACGAGCUCGCAAUCACCAGAGAGGGGAUGCCAAUUGUAAGAGAGCCAGGUAAUCGGGGCGAUUUGAAGAUCAAAUUCGAGGUAAAGUUCCCAACGAGAUUAACCCACGAGCAACGAGCAGGACUCAAACGUGCUUUGGGAGGCUGAUGAAGGAAGAGAGCAUUGGUGAUGUUUAAUCAACCAAAGGUGAAAACCAACGGCAAAGGAUUGUUGAGACAGUAUGCCCUCAUAAAUUUAGAUGUCCACUCUUGUAACUUACCCAUAUUUGUAAGAUGUAACCUUCUGUCAUCAAUUUCCCUAUUGUUCUUUCAUUUGUACAAAGAAAAAAACAUUUUUCUUUUAAAGAUUACAAAAACAUUUUGAUGCAUUUCAAGCAAAUACUUCAAAUAAUAUGAAUAUCCA